AUGUGCAGUUACUCCGUCUAUGCCGGCCCUGAACUAGAACAUGUUGUUCAGUUCCGACUCGAGUCCCUAGCACUCAAAGCCGACGUCAUGUCUCAAGUGAAAGAUAUAUUUGGACCUCUAGCGACGCAGACGACCUUUGAAGGCAGGCUGGGGCGAGGAGAAGGGGAGCGACUCCACGUCUACCUGAUGAGCCGGAUGCGUGGCGUGACACAUUUAGAUUUUGUCCUGGCCCAUGAUGUCCCAGAAAAUUCCCCGGAAAACUUCAACUGGCGCAAGAACCUCAUUGGCGACGUCGCGCAUUUUGUGGCCUUGUGUUGGAACUCUUCCCGGCACGUCAGCUCAGAAUACCGCAUUGGUCUGAGGCAAACUUACGUCAAGGACCUGCAAGCCCUAUCCUCGGCGCUUCCUUACCGAUUCAAACCUGUUAUCCAAACCUGCAUUGACUCUGUUGACAACAUCCUAUCCUUACCAAUGGUUCUCCUCCACAAGGAUUUUGGCGCUUGCAAUAUCAUAGUGGACCCGGCAACCUGCAAUCUCGUUGGUGUCAUCGACUGGGCGGAAGCAGAAGUCUGUCCGUUCGGGCUUAACUUGCACUCUCUUGAAUCCCUGAGCGGGAAACUUGAUCUGCGCGACGGCUGGACGCGAUUUGAGGACUACGACACCUUGCAGAAUGUCUUUUGGGAUCGAUUCAAGCAGAAAGUCGGAGGGCUCACUGAUGAUCAACUCCAAACGGUCCAGCUAGCAAGGGCGCUGGGUGUGUUGCUAUCUCAUGGCUUCACGAGCCGUCUUGCGAACGAACCAGACCCGGCACCGAUCGGAGACAACGAGUACGGACGGUACAAUACGAUGUCGUUGGAUGCUUUCCUUCUCCUUCCUCCGACAAAGCUUGAUGGCUCCCGAUAA